GGGACUCGCGUUCUGAAAAUCUACCCCCUUGGCUUCAUGGAACCCAUGAACCAUGCCAUCUCCCGGCUACUAUCCUUCUUCCAACCUCGCGACACCGGCCUGACCACUUCUCGGACCAUCUGGAUUGCCAUUGGAGCUUCACUUCUUCCUGUCGUGCUCGCGCCCUAUCAGCCUUUCGCUUCAUCACCGACACUCACCGUACUCGCUGAACUGCACCCCUUCCGCCUCUUUCGCAUGAUGGAGUGGCUCGGCAGGGCGAAGAUCAAAUACACUCACGCUACCGCACCUUUACCUCUACGAGAGAAGAAUGGCGCGCAGACGGACUUGUUGAAGAUCUGUGAGAGCAGUGUGCCACCCUGUCAACUCAACCCUCUCCUAUUCAACGGCCACAUGCAAACUUUCUACACCUCGGUCAAGCAGGCCGGUCCUUCCGUGUACUACAAGCGAAAGGUUUUUGAGGCCGAUCAGCAGACCUACCAUGGCACCUUCGCCGUAGACUUCGCCGUUGAUGCCUUUGAGGAGACGGAUGACUCGCUUCCGGAGCGGACCGUUCAUUUCACGGCCGAUGAGUUCGAAAACCUUGGCUCCAAUGAUACCAAGCCCCAGUUGAUCGUCCUUCACGGCCUUUCCGGCGGCUCUCAUGAAAUCUAUCUGAGGCACGCCAUCGCACCUCUGCUUGAAGAGGGCAAGUGGGAUGUGUGUGUCAUCAAUUCGCGGGGUUGCGCGCAGAGCAAGUUCACCAGCGGUGUUCUGUACAAUGCUCGCGCAACCUGGGACAUUCGACAGUACUGCGGUGAGGAGGGCCCGAACUGCCAGCUUCGCGCCGCUGUUGUGUGCUCUAAUCCCUUCAACCUCGAGCUUGCCAACAAGUCUCUGCAGCGAACUCUACUGGGCAAAGAGGUCUAUCAGCGGGUGAUGGGCACAAACAUGAGAAAUCUCAUUGUAGGGCACAAAGACUCGCUCAGCAAGUUUACUGACCUCGACUACGAACGAAUCGAAAAGGCCACUUACAUCUACGAGUUCGAUCGAGAAGUGCAGUGUGCCUCUUGGGGGUAUCCUACCGAGGACGCAUACUAUCGCGAUGCAUCAUCGUGCGAUGCAGUGGUCGCCAUCAAGAUUCCCUUCCUUGCGGUACACGCAACGGAUGACCCAGUGGUUAACUUCUUGAACCGCAUGGCCUUCGAUAUUGACCCCGAGAGUAUCAACCAUGAGCUUGCUUCUGGCAGUGAGGUGAAGCAGCCUCGGUACCUGCCCAUGGUGCGCAAGAUGGAGAUUUGUAACUUCCAGAAGGCCUGA